UAUUAGGAUCAGGCCUCUAGCUACCCAAGCUCUAACUGUGAACGCUAUGGAUGCAAUUCAUCAAGACACACAGGCGUACAUCAAUGAUUUUGAGCUGUACGACUUCGUUGACAAUCCAAAUUUUGAUCAGUUCAUCAAUUUGAUCCGAGGGGAGAACGAAGAUGCUAACUGUGACUUCGGUUCUGACCUCAUCACUGAUGGUUUUGUUAACAAUCAGCUCCUUCCAUGCCCUGCAAACCCUUUUGAUCAGAACUAUAACAAUGCUGUGAAUGUCUAUGAUCAAAGCUCCACAUUUAGCUCCUUUUCAUGCUUUGAUGGGGAGAUGAAGGGAGAAGGAGAAGGGGAAAGAGAAGAAGAAGAAGAAGAACACGAUGGAGAGCAUUCUUCUGAAACAACAACAACCACCAAGAAUGACGAUUCCAAACCCAAACUGAAAAAUGACAGGUCCAAGACUCUCAUUUCUGAGAGGAGAAGGAGAGGCCGAAUGAAGGAGAAGCUUUACGCAUUGCGUUCUUUGGUUCCCAACAUAACAAAGAUGGACAAGGCUUCCAUAAUUGGAGACGCAGUAGCAUACGUGCAUGAGCUUCAAGCUCAAGCUAGGAAGCUGAAGGCUGAAGUUGCAGGACUUGAAGCAUCUUUAUUAGUGCGUGAAAACUAUCAAGAAUCAAUUAACAAUUCCAAAAAUGUGCAAGCUGCUCGGAAUAGUCAUCCAAUCUUCAAGAAGAUCAUGCAGGUGGAGAUUGUGCAAGUGGAGGAAAGAGGGUAUUAUGCAAAAAUAGUGUGCAAUAAAGGAGAAGGAGUGGCUGCAUCGUUGUUCAGAGCUCUUGAGUCUCUUGCAGGUUUUAGUGUUCAGAAUUCAAACUUGGCUACAGUUUGUAACAGUUUUCAACUUACAUUUACAUUGAAUAUAAAAGGGUCUGAACCAGAAAUUAACCUGCAAAAUUUGAAGCUAUGGGUGACUGGCGCUCUUCUGAACCAAGGUUUUGAAUUUGUGGCAUCCUUUUCUGGUUGAGUCAAUGCACCAAGUAUGACGUAUUGCAUGUAAGAGAUUAUGAUGAACCAUGAAACACAUAUAAUAUCGCCGCAGCAAGUAUGAGCCUCCAACACCAUCAGUAUAAUAAUACUAGUAUGACAUCAACUAUAACCAUCACAACACUUCGUUCUGUGUAAUUCUUCAAUUUUCAGAACAAAUAAAAACACUACAAAGCCUAGCAAAACACCAAACCCUACACACAAAGUGUUCAUAAUAACUUAUUUUUAAAAUUAUUUGGUGCUCCUAAAAAAUAUUAAUUCGUCAGAGACGGGGAGAAAAGAGUAGUGAAUAUUCACACA